GAACUAAAUUUGUACAGCUGACUAAUAUAGUACGGAGUAGCUUAUAAGUGUACAAGAAAAGCUUGGAAUCAGGAUUUUCCUUAGUCUGUAAGCUUUACAAUGAAAAUCUUAAACCUCUACAAAAGCAUAUAACUGAUCAAGAAACAAGAAUCCAACUUUAAUUUGAGUGAAAGAUAUAGUACUGGAUGUCUGGAUGCAGAGAUUUGAUAUGGCCACCACUGGAUCAACAGGGCUCCAAUCAGAUCCUCCUCCAUAUCAAGAAUUAGGAUGUCAACCAAAGUACUUCCCACCUGAACUUGUUGGUACUAGAGACAAUGCUCCUCAAACAUUAUACUCUUGCUACCUCAUUGAGCUUAACCGGUACUAUUAUAAGAGAACUCAGCUUCAAAACAUAAUCCUUGCUUUGAGGACAAGGCUUGAAUCUGAUGACGAGAAUUUGUCUUUUGAGUUGAACAUUGAGGGAGGCAACUGGGUAGGCCAGACAGUGUACAUUGGGGAUGUUGGACUAUCUAACGAACAAAUACUUAGGUGUCGGAGGUUUCAAGUAACUGUUCUUAGAGUUUUAUUCGAGCAUAAUCUGAAUACACUCGACGAAGCAUUGGGCAGAUUAAAUCUGGUUGAUGGUUCUGCAGUUAUUGAUUAUCUCCUUCUCCCAUCAUCGAUGGACCCGAGUGAUGUUCCAAAGAUCGAUUGGAACAUUAUUUCCUCGGUGUUAUUUUCGUACCAAAAACCGGAACAUAGGCAUUCAGAUUCUUGUAGUUCUAGACAUGGUUGCAGGCCAAUGCACACAAAGAACGGUUUGCUUUUCAGUUGCCUGUUGGAAAGCUCUUUGGUAUCGACGCCUCAUAAUGGCAAUCUCUAUUGCAUUGUGGGCAUUUUCGAUCAUUUGGAUGGUAGCUCGAGUCUUAAGAUGGGAAGGAAAGGAUCCAUUACAUACAAAGAGUACUAUAAGGAAAAGCAUGGUGUUGAGUUAUGCUUCGAAACAGAACUGCUUCUAAAUGGUAAACACAUUCCUAAAGUGCAAAACUAUCUUAGUAGAGGCGAAGCUAGGAAAGCCAGAUCAGAUGCGUCAGUAGAAUUGCCUCCCGAACUUUGUGAGGUUAUCAUGUCUCCCGUGCCGAUAUCUACAUUCUAUUCUUUCUCAUGUCUUCCCUCAAUCAUGCAUCGAUUCGAGUCCUUGCUCGUCGCUUCCUGCUUCAAAAGAAUGUUCAUGGACCAGUGCACUCGAAACGUUGUUGUUCCAACCUCCACGAUUUUGGAAGCAAUCACAACGAAUUUGUGCCAAGAAAAGGAUUGUAUGGAGUCUUUAGAGACUUUAGGAGAUUCUUUUCUCAAAUAUGCUACCAGUCAACAUCUAUUCAAAACCUAUCCAAAUGAUCAGGAGGGGCUGCUUACUGCUAAAAGAAAGGGAAUGAUUUCCAAUUCUCAGUUAUACAAGCUUGCAUAUAACCGAAAGAUUCCGGGGUUUAUUCGUGAUGAACAAUUCGAUCCUAAAACAUGGGUCGGGCCGGGUGAUUAUUCCAUAGACAGCAAACUGGAUGAGGAGUGUGUAUUAACUUCAGGAAAACUGUACAGUAGGGGAAGAAGAAAAAUGGAUAAUGAAACAAUUGCUGAUGUAACUGAAGCACUAAUCGGUGCAUUUCUUAGUACGGCUGGAGAAAUAGCAGCUCUAUCAUUUCUCAGGUGGCUCGGUCUAGAUAUUGAUUUUAUCGAUGCGCCCAUCGUUGGGAACUUUCCCUUGAAUGCAGAGCAGAUGGUUAACGUCAAACGUUUGGAGUCUGAUUCGUUGUUGAAUUAUACAUUUCGCGAUCCUUCUCUGCUUGUUGAAGCAUUGACUCAUGGCUCUUACAUUCCACAUGGAACUCAAUCUUACCAGCGUUUGGAGUUUCUCGGGGACGCUGUGCUAGAUUAUGCCGUUACCAGGCAUUUCUAUGAUCAGUAUCCCGGACUAUCCCCGGGAUGCUUAACCGAGCUGAGGUCUGAAUCAGUGAACAACGCCUGCUAUGCUCUAUCCUCGGUUAAGGCUGGGUUGCAUAACUAUAUUCUUCACUCGUCCACUGCUCUUCGGAGCAGUAUAGCUGAUUUUGUUAAGAAUAUCGAGCAGUCAUCAGCCUCAUCAACAUUUGGAUGGGUGCUCAAGACAAGUUUCCCAUGGGUUCUUGCUGAUAUCAUAGAAUCUAUAGCGGGGGCAAUAUAUCUCGAUUCGGGUUUGAGAACAGACAUAGUUUUUGAGAAAAUAAGACCGGUUUUGGAGCCCAUGGUUACACCCGAGUCCCUGAGACUUAACCCCGUAAAAGAGCUGACCGAGCUAUGCCAAAAGAGAAAGUACAGGAUGAAGGAGCCUGUUGUGGUUCACAAAGAUGGCGAGGCAUGUACGACGAUUGAGGUCAUGGCAAAUGGCGGUGUUCGCAGUUGCUCGUCCUCUGCUCGCAAUCGAAAGACUGCCAAGAGAUUGGCUUGCGAGAGAAUGCUGGAGUUGCUGGAAUCUGAAACCUGUUCCUGAGAGUUUAUUUGAUCUAAUCUUUAUGAUCAAGCUAAGGAGUAGCAAUUCCUUCCUGGGAAUUGUUGUUUUAUCUUUUGUAAAUAGAAUUCUGCAGAAUCCUUUAAUUUUCUAAGACUUUUAGGAUGAGCCAAACAGAAAAAAAUGCACUUCUGUGCCAUUAUAUUCCUAAUGGUUUGUUGGCAAAUUCUAUUAUGUAUAUAUAAUACCAUUUGGAUAAAAUGCAAUACUAGUUAUAUAUCA